AACUCGCCCAACCACCUUCGAACUCUCUCGCCCAACCACCUUCAAUCUAUCCCGCCCAACCACCUUCAAACUCACUCUCCCAACCACCUUCAAUCUAUCCCGCCCAACCACCUUCAAACUCACUCGCCCAAACACCUUCAUACUAUCUCUCCCAACCACCUUCAAUCUAUCCCGCCCAACCACCUCCAAACUAUCUCGCCCAAACACCUUCAAUCUAUCCCGCCCAACCACCUUCAAACUCACUCUCCCAACCACCUUCAAUCUAUCUCGCCCAACCACCUUCAAACUCACUCGCCCAACCACCUUCAUACUAUCUCUCCCAACCACCUCCAAACUAUCUCUCCCAACCACCUUCAAUCUAUCCCGCCCAACCACCUCCAAACUCACUCUCCCAACCACCUUCAAUCUAUCUCGCCCAACCACCUUCAAACUCACUCUCCCAACCACCUUCAAUCUAUCUCGCCCAACCACCUUCAAACUCACUCGCCCAACCACCUUCAAUCUAUCCCGCCCAACCACCUUCAAACUCACUCUCCCAACCACCUUCAAUCUAUCUCGCCCAACCACCUUCAAACUCACUCGCCCAAACACCUUCAAUCUAUCUCGCCCAACCACCUUCACACUAUCUCGCCCAACCACCUUCACACUAUCUCGCCCAACCACCUUCACACUAUCUCGCCCAACCACCUUCACACUAUCUCACCCAACCACCUUCAAUCUAUCUCGCCCAACCACCUUCACACUCACUCGCCCAAACACCUUCAAUCUAUCUCGCCCAACCACCUUCAAACUAUCUCGCCCAACCACCUUCACACUAUCUCGCCCAACCACCUUCACACUAUCUCGCCCAACCACCUUCACACUCACUCGCCCAAACACCUUCAAUCUAUCUCGCCCAACCACCUUCAAUCUAUCUCGCCCAACCACCUUCACACUAUCUCGCCCAACCACCUUCACACUAUCUCGCCCAACCACCUUCACACUAUCUCUCCCAACCACCUUCAAUCUAUCCCGCCCAACCACCUUCACACUAUCUCUCCCAACCACCUUCACACUAUCUCUCCCAACCACCUUCAAUCUAUCUCGCCCAACCACCUUCACACUAUCUCUCCCAACCACCUUCAAUCUAUCCCGCCCAACCACCUUCACACUAUCUCGCCCAACCACCUUCACACUAUCUCUCCCAACCACCUUCAAACUAUCUCUCCCAACCUCCUCCAAACUAUCUCGCCCAACCACCUUCAAUCUAUCUCUCCCAACCACCUUCAAUCUAUCUCGCCCAACCACCUUCACACUAUCUCUCCCAACCACCUUCAAUCUAUCUCGCCCAACCACCUUCACACUAUCUCGCCCAACCACCUUCACACUCACUCUCCCAACCACCUUCACACUAUCUCGCCCAACCACCUUCACACUAUCUCGCCCAACCACCUUCACACUAUCUCGCCCAACCACCUUCAAUCUAUCUCGCCCAACCACCUUCAAACUAUCUCUCCCAACCAACUUCAAUCUAUCUCGCCCAAACACCUUCACACUAUCUCUCCCAACCACCUUCAGUCUAUCUCGCCCAACCACCUUCACACUAUCUCGCCCAACCACCUUCACACUAUCUCUCCCAACCAACUUCAAUCUAUCUCGCCCAAACACCUUCACACUAUCUCUCCCAACCACCUUCAAUCUAUCUCGCCCAACCACCUUCACACUAUCUCGCCCAACCACCUUCACACUCACUCUCCCAACCACCUUCAAUCUAUCCCGCCCAACCACCUUCAAUCUAUCCCGCCCAACCACCUUCAAACUCACUCGCCCAAACACCUUCAUACUAUCUCGCCCAACCACGUUCGUUCAAACCCUCUCGCCGAACCACCUUCAAACUCUCUCGCUGAGGAACUUCUACACCAAAUCAGAACUAGUCCUUCAACAAGCGUUUUCGUACAGCCUUCAGUGCAAGUUGAAUCAUAUGGCAGCUAUGAUUGGAUGAUUUUAUGUAAGAUGUUUAUGUUUUUUAAAUAAACACCCAUCAAGUAAUUAAAA